UAAAUGGCAGCAGACCCUGUGACGGUGAUAUUUUAUGCAGUAGCCUUUUAAAGAUAAUUGUGUGCAUGGUGCGUGUCAGAUUUAUUUACAUUUAUUUUAGUGAUUUCAGACGUUUCUAGAUUCGUGGAAGUCAAAAGAAGAAUAUGAAAUUUAUGUAAUAAGUGUUUAUUGACAAAAUGGCGGGUGUUUUUGGGUCUGGUGAAAGGAGGUUCACAAUUGAUGAUGCAUUUGAAGAAGAAAACGAUGACGCUAUUCGUGUUUAUGGUUCUACAACAGAAAGAUCUCCCUUAAAACCGAAAAAUAGGAAUGUAAUAUCGGAGGACAGUAUAAUAGUGCGUAUAGAGGAUCCCGUUAGGAGUGCCAGUACAGUCACAAGUACAGCCCCAAGAUUUAAGACAUCAGACGAUGCCACAUCAAGAGAUAGCGACUCCUUGAUCCAGGAUGGUGGAUUUUAUACAGGAAUGUUUGAUCCGACACAGUCAUGUUGGACGCACCCCAAAAUCAGGGAGAAUUGGAAGAUGGUCUUGGCAGCAGUUGUGUUAUUAAUUGUGGGGAUUGGUCUUCUUGUUACUGGCGUUGUGGUAAUCUGUUUGCCCAUGCCAGGCAUACAGGCAUUUGUCUUCUUCAUUGCGGGUUUCAUCUGCUUCAUUCCAGGAGCUUAUCAUGUGGUCUAUAUUUAUUGGGCAGUGAAAGGCAAACGUGGUUAUGAUUUCUAUCAUCUCCCACUCUUCAACUGAUUGUUUCUGUGCUUCUCAGACUAUAAAGUGUCAUCUUUCUUUAGCAUUGGUUAUUUAUAGAGAUUUGAAGUUUGUUCUGUGAUAAGUUCCCAUUUUAUUGUAGGUUCACCAUAGUUAAUAGUGCUAUUUGUGUUGGCCUAAUUGAUAUUAAAAUCAAACCUAAUAAUAGUUUAUGGAAGAAUCUGAUAAUCAAGAAGUUAUCUAGAACGUCCACUUUUGUGUUAUGAGGAAGGCAAAGCUCAUUUUUUAACUAUUCCAAAUGCACAAGUUAAACGUCCGUUUCAAAGAGAGACUGAAGAUCUUAAUAGUGACUUAUGCAGGAAGUGUAAUAUGUUAGUAAUGAUUGAUAUUAUUAAAGGUCUGUAAUAUAAUUUAAUACAGUUUGUUGUAAUUAUAAAUAUUACAUAUUUGUAUAUAAUUGUAAAUAGUGCUUAUGGCUAUGUAUUUAUAGAUAUUUGUAUACAGUUCCUGUUAAAGUGACAUAAUUUAUUGUACAGUGUCUGAACUGUAUGCUCAGUUCAUAUACUGUUAUUGGGCCCAAAAUUAAACAAAUUUACCAAUUUCACUAUUA